AUCUCUCCCCCGUCCCUCUCAACCUCCUCCCCUUCCCCUCUCCCCCCAAUUCUCCUAUCCCCGCGAUUCAUCGGCUUGCAAAUUCUCCUGGGAGCUUCUUUUUAUUUCCGGUUUCUGUGAAUUUCCUGCCGCAAUCAUGAGCUCUCCCUUCGACAUUAAUGGCGGUGCCUGCGUCGCCAUGGUGGGCAAGGACUGCGUCGCGAUUGCCUGUGAUCUCCGCCUGGGUAUGCAGGCCCUGACCGUCUCCAACAACUUCCCCAAGAUCUUCAACUACGGCCCGCAGACCUUCCUCGGCUUGACCGGUCUGGCCACCGAUGUCUCGACUGUCUCGGAUCUCUUCCGCUACAAGGUCAACAUGUACCGACUCCGUGAGGAACGGAACAUCGCCCCCCAGACCCUGGCCAACCUGGUCAGUUCAUCGCUGUACGAAAGACGAUUCGGUCCCUUCUUCGUCAGCCCCGUGGUGGCCGGUAUCAACCAGACGACGGGCAAGCCCUUUAUCUGCGGAUUCGACAGCAUCGGGUGUAUCGACUUUGCCAAGGACUUCAUCGUGAGCGGGACGGCCAGCGAGCAGCUGUUUGGUACUUGUGAGAGUUUGUGGGAGCCGGGACUGGCCGCCGAUGAUCUGUUCGAAACCAUCUCCCAGGCUCUCCUCAGUGCGGUCGACCGAGACGCCCUCUCCGGUUGGGGUGCCCAAGUAUACAUCAUAGAGAAAGACAAGGUGACCAAGCGGUUAUUGAAGGGCAGACAGGACUAGAGCGGUCCAGCCCGGGAUAUGAAUUUUUGUUUCCAUGUUUUCUUUAAUCAUGCUGUUCGAUGUUCUAAUUUAACGCACCAUUACCAUUGAUUGAUACUCUGCUGGUCGAGAGCAGCUUCUGGCGUCUGCGGUCUCCACUUGAUGUUACAUACUGUCGAUUGCGAGGAGGCAGAGUAGAGUGAGGACAGAAGGGAAAGGGCGGCAGCAAGACAGGGAUUUUUCAAAAUAUAGAUCUCUGCAUCCUUUCCAGGCUUAU